AUGCAUGUUGCACCUCGGGGUGGCUAUUCCAUUAAAAAUUCGAAACAAUUCAUUCAAAGAUAUGAAUCUUAUUUAAAGCCGACGUUGAAAAUUGCACAACUGCUACUCUCGGCUGGAAAUCUUGUUAUUCCACAACUAGAAAAUGUGUCAAUCGCUAACAAUACUGCAGUACCAUUAGAAAUGAAUACGCUUGCGUAUCGCCAAGACAUGGAGCAACGAUUAAAAUUUGUUGAUAUCUUAGUAAGUCAAAUCGAUGGCAAGCAAACAUCACGGCGAGGUAUCGAUUUACGAGAAAUUCUAACGUAUCUUGAACUUGUUGACAAUGAGCAAAGCCUGGGAAAUUUAGACCCUGUAACUACUGAUGAUAGUCAUGUUCGCUGGGUCUGUUCUGAACACUAUGAUGGAAUUACUUUUAACGGUAAAAUGAGUAGCUAUAUUAAUGAUUUCAACGUCAUGGGCGGAAAAUUCGAUCGAAAGACCAAAGAAGCAGUUGUAAUUGGAUUGAAUGUGACUGAGAGAAACGUUAAGAUGAUAUGUGGUGCUCUGACAAAAGGGUUUAAUAUUGUAAAACUAGUUUUUCAAGAUUGUUCGUUCUAUGAGGACUAUCUGGUAACAUUACUUGAUACCGCCAUCAAUCGUUCUUCAAUUCUUUGUCUAAGCAUGGUCACUGUUGCUGCUACCAAUUUUUUUGGUGGGAUAAAAUACACUUGUAAAAAUAUGGUCGUCGAAUUCAAAAAUCAAUCAUUAAAAGUUCGUUUCAACGAUAGUUAUCAUAAUGGAAAUAUACCCAUGCUCAAUCAACUUUUGCUGCGAAAUAAGAUACAUCGAACAUUGAAUAUUUCUGCUUGUGACUUUCUUGGACAUGAAUCUGAUCUUCAGCGAUGCUUUGAAUCAAACAGAACUGUAACAGAACUAAUUGUGGAGUACUCCAACAAUAUAGAUAUCCUUAAUGCUAUAUUUAAUUCGAAAACAAAUGCCUUGCAUCAAUUAAACUUGCCUCAGUCAUUGUCAAUUCCCUCAAUACUAUCUCCUUUUUGUGAACUGUUGAAGAAAAAUAUGACGCUUGUUGAAAUCGAUUUUGAUGGAUUAUACUGGUUUCAAAGAAGAAGCUUUCGUUAUUAA